UAGCGGCCGCCCAGGGGCUGUCAGAUUCCAUGCGGGCCUGGUUUUGCUUGGUUUUUCACUGUUCGUGUGCUGGCCCGCUUCCCACAUGCACAACGGGCUUGUAUUAGUGGACCUGCGCUGAACAGGCCGCCGAACCACGAAGGCUGCCUGCUUUGGCUGAGGAACGUUAUGAGUCUACGCGAGAACCGAACAGAUGCUGACCUCUCCGCGUCGCCUCGGCUGCAGCAGCCAGAAUGAACGCAGGUCCCACGCAAGCCAGAGCAACGAACGACUACGCUUAAACAACCGAAUUCUUUAAAACCGACUCGAUUUGAGAGCAUCGACCAGAAUGACUUCAGCGUGGAGCCAGCUAGACCAGCUGCUAACGUGCGCAAUCUGUCUAGACCGAUACCGGAACCCGAAGCUGCUACCAUGCCAGCACUCGUUCUGCGCCGACCCUUGCCUGGAAGGGUUGCAGGACUACGCGCGGCGGCAGAUCAAGUGUCCCGAGUGUCGCGCCGAGCACCGCAUCCCGUACAAUGGCGUGCAGACGUUCCCCACCAACGUGACGCUCAUGAGGUUCCUCGAGCUGCACCGCGACAUCACGGGAGAAGAACCCGAGCCGCUGCCUUCGUCCAUGGAACGUUGCCACGUGUGCAGCGAGAAGAGCCUCGUGAGUCGGUGUUCGCAUUGCGAGAAGAAGAUAUGCGAGACGUGCAAGGAGGCGCACUUGGACAUCAUGCGCCGGGAGAUCAGCCGCAUCUGCAACCAAGUACGCAGAUGCCUGAACCGGCUGAACGACCACCUCGCUCAGAACAACAAGAACCAGGACAAGCUAUCUCAAAAUUGCGCGCUUGUGAAAGAGGAGCUGGAUGACCUCAUCAACCGUUACAUAAAAGACCUGCAGCUGGUGCACAAUAAGCUUAAGAAUGAGAUAGACGUGUACUUACAGCAGGAACUCAAGCAGCUGUCGGCGCUUUCCGAGGAUGUUGAGACAGAGGUCAACAACAUUACGUCCAACUGCGACGUCGUUGAGAAAUACGUCAACGACGACACUGAGUGGACGGACUCUGAGCUCGUCGAGUACAAGGAGAUAUUCUCGAAGACUCUCGAAUUCCUGAGGAACUUUGAUCCCGACACGUCUGAUUUUACGAGGAGGGUUAAGCUCCAGAUCCACACCGACCCUGACGCACUGCAUCGCACGUUGGCCAACCUGGGAGAGCUCAAGUUCAACACCCCAAUCACGCAGUCAUCCUCGAAUCUCAACAUACCCCAGCUCAACCUCGGUUCGUCUGGAGGCGGCACGGCCAACGCUCUGAUGCGCAGUCAGAGCGACCACCGCCUCGCAGUGCAAUUCCAAAAGAAGCAGGACGCUACGCGGUCGAUGCUAGACAUUGGCCAGCGGUACGGCGGCCAUCUCAGUGACUCUGACCGAGAUGGCAGCUUUGAGGGUCCUUCUUCAAUGUACUCUAGAAAUCGCGGUAGGGACAACAGUGAGAACUCUAUUCUAAGAAGGUACGGGCCUGAUCGGGGCAGGGACAACGACAAUGCGGACGGCCGACUCUCGAAUCGCUAUGGAAGUCGCUUCGAAGACAGGUCCUGGAGGGACGAAGGAACGGGUGGAAGUCAUCAUAGUUUCAGGUCUCGUUACGCACGUGAGCUUAUGGAUGAUGAUUCAGAAGGACUCAGUAGCCAUACUCGGAACGUCCGCUUCGAGGAACCACCACCUCCACGGGAGAAAGUAUUCGACACAGAUGACGCCACUCGCGGUCCGCUCAGCGGUGUCGUUAAGUUAAGCGAUUCGGCCAAAUUCAUGGAACGCCUCCACGAGAACCAGAUCAGGCAGAAGCAGAAGCAGGCCGAAAAGGAGAGGCUGGAGAACGAACCGCCUCCUGCUCCCGUGGUUCCUGUGCCGCCACCUAGGAGGCCGCCGUCGAGGCAGCUCAGCGAGGACGAAGUCGAGAAGCAGAAGAAGGCGGCCAACCAAGCCGCGGCCGCGUCCACUUCUACGCCCGCCACGUCCCCUCCGCCGCCCCUGGACACGAGGCCAUCGCAGCUCCGGCGACUCGCGCCCAAGGACGACGUUUCGUCGCGGGCGACGCCUCCCGACUCCCCCAGGACGCCAACGCCGCGCCAGAGUUCCAUCGAGAGCACGCCCGCGCAGUCCCGGAGGAGUUCCACGGCUUCCGAAGACACGACGGCCAGCACGACGACGACGGCGACCAGUGACUCGAUGCGGUCGCGACAGCGCCGUGCCAUCGAGGAGGAGCCACUGACUAGGAGAGAGCUGUCCUCGCCUGCGCCCAAGCCUUCGACGCCCGCCAGGUCCACUCGCGCGCCGCUGGCCAAGGCCGUAUCUCUAGACCACGACGAUCGCCGCCGACCGACAGAUCAGAAGAAGGAGGAAGCGAUGACGAGGGCCGGAUCGCUGAGCAGCCCGUCUCCCGCCGCGCACCAGUCGUCGUUCUUCAGCCGCCUGAGGCCGCAGCAGGCGCAGAUUGGCGAAGAAGAGGACACCGAGUCCGAGGCGUCCACCGAGGAAGAGGAGACCUCGGAGGAGGAAGAGGAGGACGAGGAAGAAGACGAUGAAGAGGACGAGGAGGAAGAAGAGACGGUGGCGGCGCAGCCCGAAAGACCCAAGACACCCACGACGCCCACGCGCAAGAUCUCGUCUACGCAGCAGGGUCCCAAGAAGGAAGAGGACAUGACCUCCUCCGUGUCGGCGCUGCUCAACAGGAGCGCCCAGGCGCGGCGGGGUAGCCAGGACGUGCGCUCCUCUACGCCCACGUCGGGCAGGCACUCGCAGUACGCCAGGGAUAAGGAGGAAGCGAGUACCAGGAGUCGCUUCCACUCCUGGAGGGACACGCCUUCGUCGUCGGUGGACGACCCCACCAUGGUGUCCUCCUCCCGAUAUGGCGGUACCUCCUUCUUGGCCAGUCGAAGGCGCGCUGGGGAGGAAGACGUGCCUAGAGGGGAGGAUAGCGCUCCCGGAAGCCGUUUUCUAAGCCGCAGCAGGAGUUCGGCGCUCAUGGACCAGCCGGAACCACGAGCCGAUCGGCGUAAGAAUCAGCAGGAGAGUGCCACUACGACGGGGAGGUCUACGGCGGCGAAUCCGACGUCGCUUCAGGCGGCAGCGCUGCGUAGGAGCCGGCUGACUCGCAGCAAGAGCUCCAACGAGAUGCUGCCCGGAGAAGGCGAUAGCGGUGACGAAGCCAACCUGCCGUCGCCGUCGUACCGGAGUCGCUACGGCCAGCCGGAGAGCGCGCCUGCCCUCAGUGGCAGCGGCGCUCUGUCCCGCUCGAAAAGCAGUCACGUGGUCAAGGACAGCUCUCCGGACGCGGGAGACUACGGAGGCUCCGGCGGUGGGCCCGGGGCGUCGUCCAGCUGGGCGCAAUACCUGCGCAACAAGUAUGGCUCCCGCGGAACCAGCGGCCCCGGUGCCUCGUCGGGGUACGGUCCCAAGAGCGUGUCCCGGUCCCGCAGCUCGCAUGCAGUCUACAGCCGCAGCGGCAGCGACGACAACAGCUCGGAGGACGAGGACGUUCCUGCCCGGGGACGUGGUCCGGAUGCCGGCAGCGGCGCUUCGCGUCACGAUGGACAGUACGGCAGCUACGGCUUCCCUCGAAGCAUGUAUCUUCAAAAGCGCCGUAUGCAGCUCAAGAUCGGCACGCGCGGAACUGAACCCGGCUGCUUCACGUGGCCAAGGGGUGUCGCUGUCGGACCGGACAACUCGAUCGUGGUUGCCGACAGCAGCAACCAUCGGGUCCAGGUAUUCGACGCGUCCGGCCGUUUUCAGCACGAGUUCGGCACGUACGGCAGCUCCGAGGGCGAGUUCGACUGCCUGGCCGGCGUGGCGGUGAACCGCAUCGGCCAGUUCAUCGUGUCCGACCGGUACAACCACCGCGUGCAGAUCUUCGACCCGUCGGGCCGCUUCCUGAGGGCGUUCGGCUGCGAGGGGCGCACCGACGCUCGCUUCAACUACCCUUGGGGCAUCACUACAGACUCGCUGGGAUUCAUCUACGUGUGCGACAAGGAGAACCACAGGGUCCAAGUAUUCCAGUCGGACGGCACAUUCGUGGGCAAGUUCGGCUCGCUGGGUUCGCGGCCGGGCCACCUGGAGCACCCGCACUACGUGGCGGUGUCGAACACGAACCGCGUGAUCGUGAGCGACUCGAACAACCACCGCAUCCAGAUCUUCGACGUGAACGGGCGCAGCCUCUCCACCUUCGGCUCCGAAGGGUCGGACGAAGGCCAGUUCAAGUUCCCGCGUGGCGUCGCCGUGGACGACCAGGGCUACAUCAUGGUGGGCGACUCGGGCAACAACCGCAUACAGAUCUUCCAGCCGGACGGCUCCUUCCUGCGCGCCUUUGGCCAGUGGGGCUCCGGCGACGGCGAGUUCAAGGGACUCGAAGGCAUCGCUGUCAUGCCCAGCGGGAACAUCGUCGUUUGCGACCGCGAGAACCACCGCAUACAGGUCUUCUGAGCAAAAUGCAGAUCGGAAGACGGAUCUACGCGCGGACUCAAUGCCGCGCAAUCGUCGCACUUCGGGGUGGCUGACGCUGGUCCACUUUCGGCGCCAGGACCGGACCUGUUUCCGGAAGGGAGGAGAGACCGGAAGGGGGCCUCGCAAGGAGCAAACACGGAACUAGGGGAAGUGGAAGUCGGUGUCUCUCAACCUGGCCUCCAUAUUCUGGCCGGAGAAGAAUUCGUUUCACCCUUUUUUUUUCUUUUUCUAACCUCCUCUUGUUGUUGUUUUUUUGGUGAUGAAAGCGAAGGCUGUGAUCAAGGACGUGAGUUGUCUCGAGUGUUCGUGGCGUCGCCGUAUUAUGUAGCAUCGAGUUCCAGCAAAAGAAACGUGUUAUAAUACCAAACGAAAGAGAAAUCGCACGGGAGAAUGUUGUACGGGUGACAGGGAAUUGUCUCAGUCGUAUCUCGAUAUAUACUUCGUAUGCUCCCCGAUAAACUCUCGUUGACAAAACUCCAAGAAGUCUUUGGGCGCAGGAAUUGGAAAGCGAAAGAAUGGAGUGUUGCUUCGUAAAGAAAAGCGUUUAUAUAUGCUCCUGAAACUUCAAUUCACAUUCGAUUGGGGCAUAGAUAACGAAUUACAAUACGUGGAUUGCCUCUAUAUUGUUAGCAACGAUCGUCGCUAUGUCAUUCAUACGUACCUGUCUUUCGGGAGUUCGGGGAUAACGAAAAUGACAUGAAUAAUGAGUUUACUAAUUAGAGAUUGGUUUUAGGCUAUCUGGUACAACGUAUUCUUGAAUUAGCUGUGAAGGUACAUAGUUGCUUAUGACAUAGUGUACGAUACUUACCGUGUUGAGUCGUUGAAUCUUGUAACGUUGAAUUUGAUUUGUUAUGGAACGUUUUUUUUUUUCGGUAUUGUGUUUCCUUUCGGUGUGAUGGUUGUACACAGAUUGUCAUAACAGAGCAUUAAUUCUUUUUUUUGUGCUGAAUUUACGGUAUACCAACAGUGACGCCAUUCGUGUUUUGUGACGUGGCCACUUUUAGAGGCUGAAAUGUUCGAUUUGUGUGAGCGAUCUUCCUUUUCGACUUUCUUCACACCUGUUUUCCUCCUUGCAUUUACAACGAAACGUGCUGUCUCCUCCAGUUUCGAAAUGUCACGAUGUUCCCAGAAUCGUGCGCCGAAAGUGAUGACGUGGCUGUAUCGCAGUUGUUCCCACGUGGGUUCGCAACAGAGUGUCUGGGUCUGGCCGUGUGUGUUGUUGUUUCCUUAAGAGUGGAGUGGAGUGAGUUUUGUUUUGAUCAGUUCACGACCUACGCUGUCGCCGCUUGCCCUAUUAAGCACUGCAGCAGUAUUAACGAUAAGGCAUCACUACAUUAUAUACGCGAGCGUUU